AAACCUAGUCGUACGUACAUAAUUAAUUAUACUUUUUUUGAGUGAGUGUCAUGUGAGUGUGCUGAUGGGCUGUUUGGAAUCAAAUUUGUGAUUUAUUGCAGGUAUUCUUCAACUGCUUCUGAGGUGCAGAGGGACUAACCCCCAACCUGCCGAACCCACGGCCAUGUUUGACCAGUUCAAGGAACGGCUGCAUCAUGUCCAGCAAGACUUGUCCACUGGACUGAAGACUCUUAGCACAAAGGCGAAAGAAGUCAAGCGAUCUCGCAGAGAAGAGCGUGCAGCAUUGAGAAAAGACAUUCCUUCAGUCUCUACACAUUGCAAUCAGGAUGCGGGUGCUGAACUUCUGGACAGAUUUCAGAAGAUGUGGGCUGAACUUCAUAAAGAAAUAGAGACUGCGGCAGGAAAAGCGACGGUUGUGGACAGCCAUGUUCAGGAGGUGUUCUUGAACUACGAGCGUCGGGCGGAACCGUUGCUCCAGCUUCAGAAACAGUUAGUGGACCUCCCGCACUUUGUAGAGAACAUCCAGUGUCUCACAGCGGCUAUCGGUAAAUUGGAGGCGGAGUUUGAGGAGGUGGAGUCCAUGUUGCUCGGCUACGAGGAUCUGAUUGACCACUGCGAACUGCUCCGCAAUAAGCAGACACAGACCGCCGAGCUGAAUAGGUACACGCAGCAGAAACUAAAAGAAGAAGGACUGAUGAGAGUCCGACUGCAGGAGGAGUAUGAGCAGAGCGUGCGUCUGAAGGAGGAAUCGCAGAAAGCCGACAAGUUGGAGAGACAGAAGGCGUUUCAGGAUGUCUUUGCGGCUGACAUGCAGCACUAUAAGACGCACGGGGAAAUGCAGCGAGUGGUAUCAUCCGAGGGCACCCACUCGUUGACUGACGUCAGCUCCAUCGAGAACUUUGAGAUCACCGUCGACGAACAAGAGCAGGAAGCUCUGGAUGACUUUCUGGGUGCCCCACCCAUCGGCGGCACGGAAACCAGAGACGGGGAUGCAGGCGAUGAUGACGAGGAUGAAGAUGACGAGGAUGAGGUGGAGGUCAUGGACGUGAUUGAGGAGGAGACCGAAGGGGAGAGAGCAGAAGGAGAUGAAGUACAGAGCCCUGAUGGAGCAGAGACAGCUGCAGAUGAAUUGUCCAGAGUUGAGGACACAACGUCCCCAGAGCAACCUCAGGAAGGUGACCAACCACCCCCAGCGACGGAAACCGAGAUUCCUGAUGAGAAGAUAUCGAACGAGACAGCCAAGAGUGCAGAGGAAGACGAGGACGAAGAUGAUGAAUUUGAUACACCAGACGAAGGAUCAGAAACCGAAAACAAUUAGAGAACAGUCAAAUGGAUCAACUGAAGGUCAAAGGUCAAAAAAUGUUUACUUUUUUUUUUUCUAAGAACCCAAGUGACAUACUUUUUGAAAACAUUCCCAAGUGGAAACUUGUACAGCAUUGAACGUUUGAAUGCAGUUUCAGUGUGAACAGCAAAGCUGAUGUGGUUCACAUCGUCAUGUUUAGUGGGAGAUAUAUCAAAUGGCAUUAAAAUAUAACCUGGUGUGUCAGGGAGGGGGCAGACAAUGUGAUUUCAAACAUUUAUUGACUUUUGUCUGUCAGUUUCUUCAGUGCUAUCAAAUGGCUUCAUUGGAUUGAAAAACUUUUUUCCUAUUUUAUAGUAAAGGAUGUUUGAGGAUGGUUUACUCAUACGACAGGUUCAUUGUUUCCUCCUUUUAAAAGUUAUAGUGCAUUAUAUUUGGAUAUCACUCUUACCUGAAAAUUGAUAUUCAAAGGCCAUGAGUUCAGAUUUCUUUUAAUUACAGUACUAAAUGCUGAGUUUUUAGUCAUGUCGGAAAAAGCUGGUAGGCAAAUUUGAUGAGGAAAUACUACCAAUGUCAAUUGUGUCAAGGAUAUCAUAGCAAAAUCACCAAUUGUAAAGUUAUUCGCAUCACUGCACUGUCUGUUGGAACAUCUUUCAGAAUUACGAGUCUUGGCAGCUUUUGCUUUCCAAAGCUGGAGCCAGUGACCUCCUGGUUACUAAUUUCAACCUUCUGGACAUGCUGGACUGGCCUGCCUGGGUCAGCUUCAGGUUGAAUACACAUUAGCACCGCAGGACGUCUUUCACUUGAGCACUGAAACAGAAAGUGGGUGACUUUGUGAUAGUUUAAAGAGAAACUCCACUUCAAAAGAACAAAGAAAAAUCCUUUGAUGCUGACAUCGGAGAGAGUAUUACCUAUUAGCUGUCACUUAACAAUUUUCACAUUUUUGAAAGACUGUGUUUUCAGAGAAAGAUCUCUUAAGUUUGUCUUCCAGUCUCUCCAAGUCAAUCUGUGUUUAUGGAGUAAAGAGCAUCUUUAACAGUUGAAUUUCUUUUCCUGAAAUAUGCAAUUGCACUGUUGGCUUUCAAUCAUUUGUGUAAUUAAGAUGUUCUCUGCUUGUGGCUGGCUGAGACUGUUGCUUAAAAGAAGUGAAUUCAGUAUAAACUGACCCAACUUGUCAACUUCUGUUGCAACUCAAUGGGAAAAUGUCUCCCAGAAGCGGCACAAUCAUAAAAUGUAUAUAAUUUGACAAAAUAAAUAAAUUUUAUACAAGUAAA